AAUGACUGCUGUUCCCUUCGAAUAAAAGAAAGAGAGGGUGGAAAACCCGUGCUUGAGCUAGUAGUGGAUAAGCCUUUAGACAGAGAGAAAAAGGCUGUUCAUAAAAUAUUAUUAACUGCAUUUGAUGGAGGAAGUCCGACUCGAUCAGGCACUUCAGAAAUUACUAUAAAUGUACUUGACAGCAAUGAUAACUUUCCGGUAUUUGAGAAAAAUCUCUACACAGUAACUGUGGGUGAAAGUAGUGUAAAAGGGACUGUUAUUAUCAGACCAAAAGCAACAGAUGCAGAUGAAGGGUUGAAUGGCGAAAUUGGCUUUUCAUUUGGCACCACGACUCCAGAUUCUGUGUUAUCCAUUUUUGACAUGAAUCCCGUGACUGGUGAGAUCACUUUAAAGGAGAAAUUAGAUUAUGAGACAACAAAGUCAUACGACAUUGACAUAACUGCUAAAGAUAAAGGCAGCCCUGAGAUGGAGGGUCAUUGUCGUGUGCAGGUUGAUGUGAAGGACUCCAAUGAUAAUCCUCCUGAAAUCGUCCUCACCUCACAGCCAAAACCUGUGCGUGAGGAUGCCCCGAGUGGAAGUGUUGUCGCCCUCAUAAGUGCUCGUGAUCUUGACUCGGGUCAGAAUGGUAAUGUCACGUUACACCUGAAAGAGGGCUCUCCUUUUGCCCUAAAAAGUUCUUUUUCUAACGUUUACGCGCUGGUCACCAGUGCUGCUUUAGACCGAGAGAGUGUAUCUGAGUAUAAUAUUGAGAUAACAGCCACUGAUGCAGGCUUUCCUCCUCUCUCGAGUAAGAAAAUGAUCUCUGUAAGCAUUACUGACAUUAACGACAACCCUCCUGUGUUCUCUCAGAGCUCGUACAAUGUUUAUUUAAAAGAGAACGGAGUAGCAGGCUCGAUACUGUACUCGGUGUCUGCAAGUGAUCUGGAUGCUGGUGAAAACGCCAAAGUGUCCUACUCCAUCGUGGACUCAAAAGUGCACGACGUGUCCGUGUCGUCUUAUGUUUACGUGAACUCGGAGAACGGCAGCAUC